CUUAUUGAAAUUUCGUCGUUUUCAAUCCAAUUUUCCAUCUCCCGCCAAUCCAGAGACAUGAAAACUCACUGAAAAUUCCAAGCCGAACUAAUCGGAAGUCCGAAAGUAACUGAAAUCUGUUCCUCUCUCUCUCUCAACUAUGGCGGUGUCCCAGACCUCUGCUUCCAAACCCAUCGUCUCUACCAAGAGUGAGGCCAAGAAGAAGAAGAAAAAGGCACAGUCAGGUGAUGAUCAGCAGCCGCAAGAACAGUCGUCGGUUCCUCAGCCUCCUUGUUCUUCACCAUCAAAGCGCGCGAAAUCCCCAGGGCUUCGUGUGGUUGGAGGUCGAAUCUAUGAUUCUGAGAAUGGAAAGACUUGUCACCAGUGUCGGCAAAAGACUAUGGACUUCGUUGCUUCCUGCAAAAAUCAGAGAGACGAUAAGCCCUGUACCAUUAAGUUCUGUCACAAAUGCCUCUUGAACAGAUAUGGAGAGAAGGCAGAAGAGGUGGCUUUACUUGGUGAUUGGAAAUGCCCGAAAUGUAGAGGAAUCUGCAACUGCAGUUUCUGCAUGAAAAAACGAGGCCACCAACCCACUGGCAUCCUCGUGCACACUGCCAAAGCCACUGGUUUCUCUUCAGUUUCGGAAAUGCUGCAUGUCAAAGGCCCAGAAAACGUGGGCGCUGAGAAGAUACUUAAAAAUGUAGUUUCUUCUCCGAAAAAGCAAGAUGCUUCAAACAAGGUGACUGUCACAGCUUCACCAAAAAAAGUGGGGAAGGAAAAUUUGUUUGCUGGAAAAGUUGAUUUGAACUCGCAACCUAAACCCUUAACAUCAGAUGGUGACGAUAAGAAGAAUGGGAAGAGCAAGAGGAAAAAAAUAUUGCAGAAUGAUGCUACCGACAGUGUGGGUGAGGUCAUUAGGGAUGAUGGUGCCCCUGCAGAGAAGAAGAGCACUAAGAAGUCUCGGAUUUCAAAGGAAGUCUCUGUAACUCCCACCAAGAAAGAGGUAAAGACAGCAAAUCAGAGUGGUAAGAGCCAACCUCCUGAGAAAAAGAAAUCUCAGGUGCAGGGUUCUGAGGUGGUUCCUUCAGACCCCAUUGCAAAAAACGAGAAAACGGAUAAAAGAGAUGGCAAAUUGGCAGCCCGCAAUAAGAAAGAAGUGCCGGAUAGUGGAAAUGCUGAUAAUAUCAGUGCCAAGCAGAAGCCGCUGUCAGCAUCUCGCAAACUUAAGAAAAAUUGUACAAGUAUCCACAAAGAUGAUUCUGAUGCUGAUGUCCCAUUGCCUAAUGGCAUUGAUGUGGCAACAGUAGCUGGAAUUGAUUUUUCUCCUGAGGAUGUUGGGCAUGCCUUGCAAUUCCUGGAGUUCUGUGAAGCUUUUGGACAGGUUCUUGAUAUGAAGAAAGGGCAGGCCGAGUCAGUUCUCAGAGAAUUAAUGCGUGGGAGGAGUGGGCGUCGAGGAAUGUAUUCUUCAAUUGUUCGAUUCCAUAUCCAACUGUUAUCUUUGAUACUGAAAGAUGCAGGAGAAGAGUCCCUUUUAAGUCCAACAAGCAGUGGGAAUUCCUGGUUGAAAGCUCUUGGGAAAUGCAUCUCUGAGUCCCAGUGCACAGUGCAGGAAAUUCCUUCAGAUUGCUUUGAUAGGGGUAGUGAUGGGUAUGACAAGCUAGAUGCCUCAAAAAAGUUGAGGGUUUUGACUUUUCUAUGUGAUGAGACUCUUGGUACUGCAGAAAUAAGGAAUUGGAUUGAUGAACAGAAUUCAAAAUUUGUAGAAAAAGAGAAGGAAGCAAGAGAGAAGGUUAUUGCUGCAAAAAAUAAGGAGAAAGGCAUGAAGCAGAAGUUGCAAAAUGAGAUAGCAAAGGCUAUUAUUGAAAAAAAUGGUGCUCCUCUUUCUAUUUCUGAGCAUGAUGAUCUUGUUGCAAAUAUAAAAACUGAAGCAGCAAAAGCUCAUUCUGAGACACUAGAAGCAAUGGAGAUGGCAUCCAAGAAGAAACAAAGAUCAGACGCUGUCAGGACAGAGCCUACUCUUAGGGAUGAAAAUGGUCAUGCAUUUUGGAGAUUAAGAAGCUAUUCUGAUGGGCCAAACUUUUUACUACAAGAUGUUGGAAGCUGGGAUUCUUCUCCACCUCAAGAAAAGUGGUUUACUUUUGACGAUGAACGGACAAAGAUGAUUGAGAAUUAUAUUUCUUCUGUAAGAAGGAAAAGGCUCAGGAUGAGGAAGGUUCCUGAUGUAUUUCCAAGUGGCAGUGAUGAAGCUAAGCCAAAGCAUGACAGUUCAGAUGAUUUGCCAUCUCUUGUGAUUGCAGACAGUGAAGAAGAGGGAUAGGGGACUAAGCUACUGCUAUGCUUCAACUGUUGCACUAGUGCUAACAGCUUGCCCUACACCAAAUGGGCCUCCAGAUUUUGCGGAUACAAAUCUCCAAAUGUAUAUAUGGAUGUUGGAACCUGCUGCUAAGCUGUGUACAAGUCAUAUCACAUUGUUAUCCUGCACAUUUUAUGUGUUUUCACUAUUUUGAGCUUCAUUCAAAACAUUGGCCUAAUUGAAUCACAUUCUGUUUUUGGUAGAUCCAGAUUCCAUAUUAAAUGCAGACGGAAUUUUCUACCA